UCUUUGUACGUGUGCCAUAUGCAAAACGACAGCGCGAAAGAGCAGAGCAAACAAUAUCGUAUGGGAAUUACAUUAUUUAUGAGUAGCCUAAAUCAACUGUAAACUGCUGCAAAUAUCAUAAACGGAACGCGAUGUUAUUUUCACGUCAUCUUAAACCGUGACUUUAACAUUAUUAGCAUCAGCAAUAUAAGCUAGACUAGUGCUUAAACGAGGCUGCUUUUAAAACUGCAACGUCAGUAACCUUUGACAGACUUAUUUUACUAUGGAACAUGUUUUAACGUAAUUACAUAAACAAUAAAACUGUAAUCUGUUAGCGUUCAUCUUUAAAGCUAGCUGCGGGUCAUCGUGAAGUCCGAUGUCAAUCAGCAGUCUCGCGAGCGCUGCCGGGUCCGCGCGUGCAGAGACUCCAGCAGACGUCUCCCUCAGCGCAUCGACUUCAUUCCGACUUCUUGACGACCGUCGUCGAGUUAACCGUGAUAAAUGUGCUAUGGAUUCAGUCUUUUUUUCUCUUCUGCAAGACACGCACGUAACUUCACAAAAUAAAGAAGAAUAAGUGACUUAAGCGAACGAAUGCUAACAUGGAUAUAAGAACUGAAAUGAACAUAUCUGAAGAUGAAGUUCAGGCUGCAAACUGUUCUUCGCCAGCCACUCUCCAGGUCGACGGUGUCUUACUAGACGGUCUGGAAGACAGUACAAAACUGGUGGGUGUUCAGGUGAUCCUGAUUUUGGCUUACAGCACCAUCAUCGUCUUUGGAGUGACUGGGAACUCCUUGGUCAUAUAUGUCGUGUACAAGUUUAAAAAUUUACACACGGUGACUAACUAUUUCAUUGUCAACCUGGCGGUAGCAGACUUGUUGGUCAACACGUUGUGCCUGCCUUUCACUCUGAUGUACACACUCUACGGAGAGUGGAAAUUCGGACAGGUGAUGUGUUACCUGUUACCAUACGCACAAGGCUUAGCGGUCCACGUUUCGACCAUCACACUCAACGUUAUAGCUCUGGACAGAUACCGCAGCAUCGUCUACCACACGGAAACCAAGAUGUCAAAAGACAUGUGCGUGGUCGUCAUCGUGAUCACAUGGGUGGCAAGCGCAAUCAUUGCCAGUCCUCUAGCUAUCUUUCGUGAAUACGUGACCUUUGACUUAACGCCUGACCAGACGAUUCAAGGUUGCGCCGAGAAGUGGCCCGGGAGUAGUGCGGAUGGGACCGUGUACAGCAUCGCCAUGUUUUUUCUACAGUACGGCCUACCGUUGUCAAUCAUUUCAUUUGCAUACACUCGGAUCUGGAACAAACUGAGAAACCACGUCAGUCCCGGCGGCGGCCGUAGCGACCGCCAUCAGCGGCGACAGAAAACGACAAAAAUGCUGGUCGCUGUAGUUGUGGUCUUCACCGUUAGCUGGCUACCCUUUCACGCUUUUCAGCUUGCUGUGGAUAUCGAUAGCAGUAUAUUGGAAAUGAAAGACUUUAAAUUGCUCUAUACGGCUUUCCACAUUGUGGCCAUGUGCUCCACGUUCGCCAAUCCCAUCCUCUAUGGUUGGAUGAACAGGAACUAUAGAAGAUCUUUUAUGGCUGUGUUCAAGUGCGGACGGUUAAACAAGGGAAUGAGAAGGGUUUGUAGCAGCGAGACAGUAAGGGACAAAUGUACACGUAAUAAGCAAAGUACAAUGGCGUUCACGCAAGAAAACACGUUGCUGUGAAGGCUGUUGGCUUUUUACAAAAUGGGAACAAAAUAUGGAAAAAAAUCCAAAAAGUCUACUGUAAAGAAGGAUUGUAUGUAAAUCUAAAGACCGAAUCCUCUGGUAUUUAACAAUUUUAUGAGACAUUUGUGGUGACUUUGUGACUAAACACUCAAUUAGUUUGGGAUAUUGUAUUUUUAAUAUGUAUUUGGUAACUUGAUGUUUAAAAAGAGUGAGGUAUCUGGUGUUGAAUAUAUUCUAGUGCUCGUGUCCUGUGAAAGUAAAUGUCA